AUGAAGAAAUCACCGAAUGCGCCGGUGAAAAAGUUGGCUGAGCCGUAUGAGGACGUGGGAAGAUAUCGUAGGUUGGUGGGAAAGUUGAUCUAUCUCACCAUCACACGACCGGAUCGUUGCUAUGCCGUGAAUCAAGUGAGCCAACACAUGAAAGCUCCAACGAACUUUGAUUGGAACACGGUCGAGAGGAUUUUGUGUUAUCUCAAGGGAAGCCCUGGCCGAGGCAUUUGGAUGGGGAAGAACAACAAUACUGAGCUCGUUGGCUAUUGCGACGCGGACUAUGCGGGUGACACAACCGAUAGGAGGUCUACGACAGGGUACUGCACUUUUGUUGGUGGGAACCUAGUUACUUGGAAGUCGAAGAAACAGAAGGUUGUGUCUCAAUCAAGUGCCGAGUCGGAAUAUAGGGCUAUGAAGAAGCUCACCAACGAGCUUACAUGGCUUAAAGGCCUCCUCAAGGACCUUGGAGUGGAGAUAGACAAACCCAUCACUAUGCAUUGUGACAACAAGGCGGCAAUACACAUAGCAUCCAACUCGGUCUUCCAUGAAAGAACCAAACACAUCGAGGUAAACUGCCAUACGGUACGAGAGAAUAUUGAAGAGGGUGUAGUCUUGCCGUGCAACACACCAAGCAAGGACCAAUUGGCUGACAUCUUCCCAAAGGCUACUAGUUCACAGAUUUGCGAUUACAUCUCCAGCAAACUUGGGUUAGUAGACCCUUCACAUCCAUGA